ACCAUGGCCGAGGCGGCGCCCUCUCCGGAAUGGCUUUUGGGGACCGAUCUUCAGCGGGAGGCCCAGGUCCAGUCUGCAGAGAUCUCUCUUCUGGCCAUCUUGGCCGCAGUUCAGGCCGUGGAGAAAAAGAUGGAGGCUCAGGCUGCCCGGCUGCAGAGCCUGGAGGGGCGGGCGGGCACGGCCGAGAAGAAGCUGGCCGACUGCGAGAAGACAGCCGUGGAGUUCGGGAACCAGCUGGAGGGCAAGUGGGCCGUGCUGGGGACGCUGCUGCAGGAGUACGGGCUGCUGCAGCGCCGGCUGGAGAACAUGGAGAACCUGCUGAGGAACAGGAACUUCUGGGUCCCGCGGCUGCCCCCCGGCAGCAAGGGGGAGACCCCCAAGGGGCCCACGGCCACUGAUGACAUGGCAGCGUGCUUCUCGGAGCAGGAGUGGGGCAGGCUGGAUGACUGGCAGCAGGAGCUCUGCAAGCGUGUCACGCAGGGGAUCCCUGAGUCUCUGGUCUCCCUGGAAGCAGGCCAGCCAGCAUCUCCCCCUAGAGAGCGACCUGGGAUCAAGCAAGAGGAAGAGGCAUGUGGGGGGCACCAGCACUGCCGCAGCUCCAGGGAGAAGACCCCUGUGCUGGGCUCAGAGAGCUGGCUGGUCAGCAAGGAGAAGAGGAACCUGGAGGGAGAGCCGGAGGGGCUGGACCCCGCCCGGGCAGCUGAAGGGGGACUUGGCAAGCAAGGCUUGGAGGGGGACACCUGUGGAAACCUGCCUCUGCUGAGGGCCACCCCCAGCCACCCUGCCCCCAUGGAGAGAGGGGUGGUCGCCCUUCCUCCAGGCCAUCAGGGCCCAGGCGUGGCAGCUGCUGGGUGCUCCGAGCAGCGUGGCCAGAGCCCUGCUCGGAAGGAGCCCUGUGCGCCGCAACCGCGCGCGCCCCACAGCCCGCGGCCCUUCCCCUGCGCUCCGGGUCCCCCGAGCGGCGCGCCCCCGAGCGAGCGCGCCUACACCUGCGCCCAGUGCGGCAAGAGCUUCGUGCACCAGUCGACCCUCACCACCCACUACCGCACGCACACCGGCGAGAAGCCCUACCCGUGCGCCGAGUGCCCGAAGCGCUUCGGCCGCCUGUCCACGCUGCUGGAGCACCGGCGCACGCACACGGGCGAGCGGCCCUUCCAGUGCGCGCAGUGCCAGCGCCGCUUCGGCCGCCUGUCCACGCUGGUGGAGCACCGGCGCACGCACACCGGCGAGAAGCCCUUCCAGUGCGCGCACUGCGAGAAGCGCUUCACGCGCCUGGCCAACCUGACGGUGCACCAGAACGCGCACCCCGGCGAGCGCGCCUUCCAGUGCGCCCAGUGCGGCAAGCGCUUCGCGCAGAAGCCCGGCUUCCUGCGGCACCUGCGCGGCCACUCGCAGGAGAAGCGGCAGCCCUGCGGCCAGUGUGGCCAGAGCUUCACCUGCCGCUCCUGGCUCAUGCGCCACCAGGGCGGCCCCGCCAGCCAGGCCGCCCCGUCUUGCGUGGCCGGCGAGAGGGGCUCCCCGACCGAUGAGCCCCCGGCCGGCUUCCUCAGAGGUGCCGCGUGGGGGCGGCCCCCCAGGGACCCUUCCGCCGCACCCGGGUGUGAGAGCUCGGGGCCCGAGCAGGGCCCCCGGGGGCCUUCCGGGAGCAGGCGGCUGGGUGGCAGCGAGCGGGAGGGUCUGGGGGGCGCUCUGCAGAGCCCGCUGUCCCGCGUGAAGAUGGAGAAUGCGGGGUAGCACCGAGAACACCCCUGAGGGGGCCACUGAGGGGGGCGGGGCACCUAAUGCCCUGUCACAGCCGGGUCUCCAGGGGCCACUUCUCAACCCCGCAGGCAUCUCCGUGCUGUGGUCCAGGCCUCCACCGGGGCUGUUCGCCCAGGGGCCGCAGGCUAGGCCGGGUGCCCGUGGCGUCUUCGCCCAGGGUGGCAGAGCCGCAGGAGGGAUGCAGGGCUGGGUUGAGCCGCCCUG